AUGAUAUCAAUGUGUACAUAUAUUCAAGUGAGAUUCUUAACCUCAAACAUUUCAGGCGGCACAGCUGACAUAACAGUCCAUGAAAAAAUCAAUAAUGGAAGACUUAAAGAGAUAUAUUUUGCAUCCGGUGGUAGUUGUGGGGGAACGUCAGUUGAUGCUGAGUUUUUCAAUUUGAUGGAGAAAAUCACCAAUCCAGCAAUAAUGAAUGCAUUAAAAGGAGAACAUCUUGCAAGUUACCUUGAUCUAGCAAGAGAGUUUGAAAAUAAAAAGAGAUCAGUUAAACCUAAUACCACUGGGCGAAUAAAUAUGAAAAUACCAAUUGCAUUGAAUCUUGUUUGUAAGGAAUAUGUGGGCCAAACUUUAAAAUCCGUAAUAGAUUCUUCAGAAUUUUCAUCAAAAGUGUCACUGAAAGGAGACAAAAUAAGAUUUGAAUUUAGUCUUUUUAAAUCUUUAUUUCAGUCAAGAAUUGAUUCUCUGAUUAAACUUAUGUUAGACAUUCUUUCCGAGAAAUGUUGCGAUGGAAUAACUCAAAUCAUUUUGGUCGGAGGUUUUUCACAAUGCAUGCUUGUUCAAAAGGCAGUAAAAGAUACCUUUCCCAAACUUCCAGUUAUCGUGCCAAAGAACUGUGAUUUAGCCGUUAUGCAAGGCGCAGUAAUGUUUGGUCACCAACCAAGUAUCAUAGCUCACAGAAUAUCUAGGUGCACAUAUGGGUUUAGGAAGAAAAAACCAUUUGACCCUGCAAUUCAUGAUCAGAGUCACCUUGAAAUAGUAAAUGGCGAAGCCAAGUGUAUCCGUCUAUUCGAUGCAUUUCUUAAGCGUAAGGAACCCAUUCAACCAGGCAAAAUUUUUAAGACAACGGCUAUAAGUCGACCAAGCGAAGGCGGAGAAUUCAAAUUGUAUAUUUUCAAAACAGAAAAAGAAAACCCCAUGUAUACGGACGAAGAAGGGUGUUCCGAAUUAGGAGUAAUCAAAGUUAAAAAACCAAAUCCAACGAUUACUGAAAAAAUAAAAGUACAUGUGGUUUUAGGGGAAACAGAAAUACAAGUAAACAUUUCCGGAACUGAACUGGGCAAGAAACACAGAGUUACGAUUGAAAUGAUAUAA